AUGUGGAGCUUUACAGAGCCCAGAUCCAACCUUCAGCAGAGAGACGAAGGCCAGUUUACCUCCACCGGACAUUUUAAUGGAUCCGAUCAGAACCAUGACUCAGCUAAAAAACGGAGGCUCAACGGGCCGUUUGCUGGAGCCAAUCACACGCCCACUAAGUCAACAGGCCACUCCCCAUUGGUCCCCGGCCACCAGACCAGCAUCCGGACCUGUGGACCACAAGGCCAGACCCUAAUCUGGUCUGUGAGGGGUCUAGAGACUCUAAACCGGUCCCUGGGGGGUCCAGAGGUCCUGAACCGGUCUCUGAGGGGUCCAGAGGUCCUGAGCUGGUCUCUAGGGGGUCCAGAGUCCGUUAUCCGGUCUCUGGGGGGUCCAGAGGCUUUUAGCUGGUCCCUGGGGGUCCAGAGUCCAAAGGCCCUUAUCUGGUCCCUGAGGGGUCCAGAGUCCAUUACCUGGUCUUUGGGGGGUCUAGAGACUCUGAUCUGGUCUCUGGGGGGUCCAGAGUCCAUUACCUGGUCUCUGGGGGGUCCAGAGUCCGUUAUCUGGUCUCUGGGGGGUCCAGAGUCCUUUAGCUGGUCUCUGGGGGGUCGUAGAGGUAUUGAGCUGGUCUCUGGGGGUCCAGAGUCCGUUAUCUGGUCUCUGGGGGUCCAGAGUCCGUUAGUACCCGGAAACUUCCUUCCGAGUCCACGUGAGGAGAAGCCUGAUUGGGAGGAAGUGGUUUUUGAAAAAGGAAUCCGCCCAUUCAGGUCCGACCCGUUUCCCUCCAGCGACACGCCUCCAGGAACGGGUUUGGUUCCUCCAGGCCUUUCCAGGCCUUUCCAGGCCUUUCCAGCUCCCCCAGGACCCUCCACGUCCCCCCAGGUCCAUCUAGGACCCUCCAGGUCCCUCCAAGUCUCUCAAGGUCCCUCCAGGUCUGGGUUCAGCUCCUCCAGGUCCCUCAAGAACCUUCCAGGCCCCUCCAGGUCCCUCCAGGACCCUCCAGGUCCCUUAAGGAUUCUCCAGGUCCCUUUAGGAUUCUCCAGGUCCCUUAAGGACCCUCCAGGACCCUCAAGGACCCUCCAGGACCCUUAA